CUUUAGCAACCUCGGCGCCAACAAAUCAGAUCCAUCGCCCCGGAGUCCACGACAUGAUCUGAUCGCUCCACCUCCAGCUUCAUCUCCACCCUGGACCUCACCACCAUGGCCCCCUCCGCAACUAGCGACGCGCAAGAGGCCUCAGGGCGCAACUCUCCCAAACCUCCGCCGGCAAGGAUCUGGAGCGUGAACGAGCCACCUUUCGAAGGCUACAAGCCAAUAGACACGGAAGGAUACGCGCGUAGUAACCGCGAAACCGCAAUAGUAAUCGACAAUGGGUCGUCAGCAGUGCGCGCGGGAUGGUCUUUUGACUCGAAACCGCGGAUAUCAGUAUUGCCAAACAUGGCACGGUAUAGAGACCGAAAGCUGAAUCGAACCUUCACCUUUGUCGGGGCAGACGUCUACUCGGACGGCACGGCGCGAGGGCAGUCGAAGCCCAUCUACGAGCCUGGGAGUAACAUCAUCAACAACUGGGACUCGAUGGAGGGCGUGCUAGACUACUGCUUCAUCAAAAUGGGCAUAGAUGGUCGGUCAGGAUCCAUAGACAGGCCCAUUGUCAUGACCGAGCCUAUCGCGAACUUGGGUUAUACAAGAAAGACCAUGUCUGAGAUCUUGUUCGAGUGCUAUGGCGCACCCUCUGUCGCAUACGGCAUCGACUCGCUCUUCUCAUAUUCCUACAAUGGCGGCCGUAGCGGUCUAGUCAUUGAUUCCUCGUAUACCUCAACCCAUCUCAUCCCGGUCGUCAACUCAAAAGCUCUCCUCUCGCAGAGCUCGCGCCUCAAUUGGGGUCGCUUCCAAUCUGCUCAAUACCUCCUCAAGCUGCUUAGGCUCAAAUACCCAUCGUUCCCUGGGAAGAUCAGCGAUAACCAAGCGGAAGACCUUGUCCGAGAACACUGCCAUCUGUCAAACAACUACGAGGAGGACCUCAGCCGCUGUCUGGACUGGUCAGGCCUCGAAGAUCGAGACCACACUGUCCAAUUUCCAUACACGGAGCAGAUCGUAAUCCAGAAGACGGAGGAGGAGCUCGCAGCUGCAGCAGAGAAACGAAAGGAAGGUGGGCGGAGAUUGCAGGCCAAAGCUGCGAGCAUGCGACUGGAGAAGCUGAAGAAGAAAGAGGAGGAACUGGAGUAUUACAUACAGCUACAAGCGCAACUUGUAGACAUCACCACAAAAAAGGAAAAAGCCCGCGUGCUGGAAUCAAACGACUUCGACGAUGAGGGUCAGUUGGAUAAGAGAAUCAAGGAGUUGGAGAAAUCUAUCAAGAAGGCUCGUAAUAAGGACGUUGGCGAUUUUGAAGAGGAACAGCAAGAAGAGCCCACAUUUCCACUCCUAGACCAACCAGACGAUCAGCUGGACGAAGAGGGCAUCAAGCAAAAGCGACAACAGAGAUUGAUGAAGUCCAAUUAUGACGCCCGUCAACGUGCGAAGAUCGAGAAAGAAAAAGAAAAAGCACGACUUGCGGAGGAACAGCGACUUGAUGACCAGCAAAGAGAGACAGACCCACAAAGCUGGAUCGACGAGCGUCGGAUAGCUCGUCAAGCCAUCAUCCAGAAGAUGAAGGACCGCGAACGCCUCAAAGCCGAGCUGGGAACACGUAAAUCCCUCGCCAACCAAAUGCGCAUGAAGUCCAUCGCAAACCUCGCCUCCGACAACCCCACAAAGAAGCGACGCCGCGGCGGUGGAGACGACGACACCUUCGGCGCCGACGACGCAGACUGGGGCGUAUACCGCACCAUCGCUACGGGCGAAGGCUCCGACGACGAGGAAGAAGAAGACCUCAGCAAGAACCUCAAAGACAUCGAAACCCAGCUCCUCAAGCACGACCCCAACUUCACCGAAGAAUCCACGCGCGAAGCGCAAACAGACUGGACAAAGAGCAUCCUGCACGCCUUCCUCCACGGGCCAUACUCCUACGACCCAGAAUCCCAGCGCGAAGCCCACCAGCUCCACCUCAACGUCGAGCGCAUCCGGGUCCCCGAAGUCGUUUUCCAGCCCUCCAUCGCCGGCCUCGACCAAGCCGGCAUCGUGGAGAUUGCGGCAAACAUCCUGACGGAGCGUCUGGCCGAGUCGCCCCACCGCGACGACGUGCUCAGGGACGUGUUCCUCACGGGCGGUAACACGCUGUUCCAGGGCUUCGAGGAGCGCCUUGCGCGCGAGCUGAGAGCCGUGUUGCCUGCCGAACAGGAGAUUCGCGUCCGCAGGGCUAAGGACUGCACGUUGGAUGCGUGGAGGGGCGCGGCGCAGUGGGCCGGCAGGAAGGAGAUGAGGCAUAAUUUCAUCACCAAGGCGGAGUAUCACGAGAAGGGCGGGGAGUAUAUCAAGGAGCAUGGGUUGGGGAAUGCGGCUUUGUAUUGAAUGGUGGAUUUUGAGGCGUUCUUUUUUUGAGUUUAUGGGAUGGGAUAGUGAGGCGUAUAGUGGGAGGGG